AUGACUACCACAGUUGCUCUAACAAACACAACUGUUUCUCCAACGACCACAACAGUUCCUCCAACAACUACCACAGUUGCUCCAACAACCACAACUGUUGCUCCAACGACUACACCUGUUGCUCCAACAACUACCACAAUUGGUCCAUCGACCACAUCUGCGGCUCAAAUAACCACGACUUUUGCUCCAACCACGACAACUGUAGCUCCAACCACAACAACUGUAGCUCCAACCAUGACAACUGUAGCUCAAACAACCACAACUGUUGCUCCAGCGACCACAACAGUUCCUCCAACAACUACCACAGUUGCUCCAACAACCACAACUGUUUCUCCAACCACAACAACUGCUGCUCCAACCACCACAACUGCUGCUUCAACAACCACAACUGUUGCUCCAACGACCACAACUGUUGCUCCAACAACCACAACAGUUCUUCCAACGACUACCACAGUUGCUCCAACAACCACAACUGUUGCUCCAACGACUACAACAGUUCCUCCAACAACUACCACAGUUGCUCCAACGACGACAACUGCGGCUCAAACAACCACAACUGUUGCUCCAACCAUGACAACUGUAGCUCCAACAACAACAACUGCUGCUCCAACAACCACAACUGCUGCUCCAACAACCACAACUGCUGCUCCAACGACCACUACUGUUCUUCCAAUGACUACCACAGUUGCUCCAACAACCACAACUGUUGCUCCAUCCACGACAACUGUAGCUCCAACAACAACAACUGCUGCUCCAACAACCACAACUGCUGCUCCAACAACCACAACUGCUGCUCCAACGACCACUACUGUUCUUCCAACGACUACCACAGUUGCUCUAACAACCACAACUGUUUCUCCAACGACCACAACAGUUCCUCCAACAACUACCACAGUUGCUCCAACAACCACAACUGUUGCUUCAACGACCACAACAGUUCUUCCAACAACUACCACAGUUGCUCCAACAACCACAACUGUUGCUCCAACGACUACAACUGUUGCUCCAACGACUACAACUGUUGCUCCAACAACUACCACAGUUGGUCCAACGACCACAACUGUGGCUCAAAUAACCACAACUGUUGCUCCAACCAUGACAACUGUAGCUCCAACAACAACAACUGCUGCUCCAACAACCACAACUGCUGCUCCAACAACCACAACUGCUGCUCCAACGACCACUACUGUUCUUUCAACGACUACCACAGUUGCUCCAACAACCACAACUGUUGCUCCAUCCACGACAAUUGUAGCUCCAACAACAACAACAACUGCUUCUCCAACAACCACAACUGCUGCUCCAACAACCACAACUGCUGCUCCAACGACCACUACUGUUCUUCCAACGACUACCACAGUUGCUCCAACAAACACAACUGUUUCUCCAACGACCACAACAGUUCCUCCAACAACUACCACAGUUGCUCCAACAACCACAACUGUUGCUUCAACGACCACAACAGUUCUUCCAACAACUACCACAGUUGCUCCAACAACCACAACUGUUGCUCCAACGACUACAACUGUUGCUCCAACAACUACCACAGUUGGUCCAACGACCACAACUGUUGCUCCAACCAACACAACAGUUGCUCCAACCAACACAACAGUUGUUCCAAUAACCACAAUAGUUGCUCCAACAACCACAACAGUUCCUCCAACAACUACCACAGUUGCUCCAACAACAAAAGCAACAGUUGCUCCAACCACCACAACUGUUGGUCCAACAACCACAACAGUUCCUCCAACAACUACCACAGUUCCUCCAACAACCAGAACAGUUGCUCUGACUUCCACAACAGUUGCUCCCACAACCACAACUGUUGGUCCAACAACCACAACAGUUGCUCCAACAACAACAGCUGCUCAAACCACCACUUCUGUUGCUCCAACUACCUCAACAGUUGCUCUGGCAGCAACAGUUGCUCCAAUCAUCACAACACAUGUUCCAACAACAACAACUAUUGCUCCAACAACCACAACAGUUGCUCCAACAACAACUGUUGCUCCACUAACAACAACAACAAUUGCUCCAACCAUUACAAUAGUUGAUCCAUCCACCCAAACAGUUCAUCCAACAACCACAAGUGUUGAAUCAACCACAAAAACAGUUUAUUUUAACACCACAAAAGUUGCUCGAACAACUAAAACUGAUGCUCCUGCAACCACAACUGUUGCUCCAACAACCAACAUAGUUGCUCCAACCCCUACAACUAUUGCUCCAACCAUCAAAGUUUCCCAAACAUCUACAACUGAUGUUCCAACCAUGGCAAAUAUUUCUCGAACCACAGUGUCUCCACUAACAAUUGUUACAAAUACUACUUCAAGAACUACUCUAUCAAAAGUUACACAUAAACCAACUCCACCAAAAAUUAUUCCAUCAACAAAAACAAUUACUCCACAAAUAUCUUUCACACCAACUACAAACAUAAGUAAUCCACAAUCUCAAACAACAAUUGCUCAUGCAACUCUCAGGAUGAAGCUUUUUAAUAACCUAAGCAACCUUAAAAUACCAGAAUACAAGAAUAUUCAAACGUUUGUCAUGAAGAUUGAAAGACUUUUCAAUGUAACCAUCAAGCUACUGUGAAGAAACCCACUUGAUUGACAUCUCAGGCAGCUAUUUUCAUUCAUGGUCGAGGGAUGAUUGGAGCCUAUCAUGAGAAUCUGAGGGCCUAGGCGGAUAUGCAACCUAGAUAGAUUGACAGCUCAGACUGUCACAAUGCUCUUAACCCUAAUCCUAAAAUUACUUUUUACACAAAAAUCCUAAAACUUAACAUAACCUUACCAAACACCCAAUACUAUGUAUUAUUAUGUAGUACUAUGUAUUUUAAAGGUGGCUAAUUCAUGUUAAUUUGUUAGUUUUAUGAAAUACUUUGUACUUAUCUAAUUUAAUUUACACUAAUAUGAAUUCUCAUGAGAUUAGGAUGAAAAAACCUUAGAUGUUUAUUACUCUACUAAGAAGAGAUUAUUAUUUAAUGUAAAAUAGUUUUGUGUGCUGUUGCAGAUUUAAAUAUCAGUGGAAUAUUUCAAAAUUUUUCACCUUUAUUUAUUUUGAAUCAAUGUAAACAUAUGUAAACAUAUAACGUAUACUUUAACAUCAAUACUAUUUGCAUUUUUGCACUGUAGGUCUGAUAAGGAAGUUUGUGUAUAUUUAGAAUUAAAAUUUUAAGAGACUGUAUGCUGUAUAAGUUUUUUUUUAAACUUGAUGUGAUUGUUUACCUCUGAAUAUAAUG